AUAACUGCAGAGCUGUCCCAACACUGCUUACAGCUCCUCUCUCUCUCUCCGGAUCUCUUUCAUUCAUUUCUUCCAAGGCUGCAAAACAACUAUUUUGUAUUCAUCCCUUGCUGCUUGUCUCUCUAUCCUCCCCUCUCCCUUGUGUCUCUCUGCAUCUCUCUUUUAUUUUGUCUUUUAUUCAACCGCUACCCUUCUACCGUGAAUUAAUGUUCUCUCUAUACAUCCAUUAGAUUUCACUUUUUGUGUUUAUUGUCCCAUCCCCCCUUCCCUUCCUCCUAUUUUCUGUCUCUUUCCAUCCCCCCUUCUGUCUCACUCUCUCCUUUCCUUCAGCCUCUGUCCAAUACAACCUUUUCUCUUUCAUUCACUGGCCACAUCUCCCUUGCUUCACUUUCUCCUUCCACUUUCCCAUCACCUUCAUCCAUUCCUUUCACAAGCCUUUUUCCCCCUGAAUUCACUUUUACAGUAGGGCAUCUCCUCCAUAUCCUCAUACAAUUCCUCCAAGUCCCCCCUGACGCUGCUUUAAUUGCCCCCCCACCAUCCCCCUCCUCUGUGAUACCUCUUACCAUUUUACCACUGUCCCAAUCUGUUCUGCUCUAUCAAGGUGUAUCCCCCCUCUCUCCCUCUUACAAUAUGCAAGUUUCAUUUGCUUGCACAGAACAGACAUUAAGAAGUAGGGUCAGUGAGGACCGUUUGUGCCCAAAUCGCCCAUCUGGGGGGCAGAAUGGAGGAUCAGGAGGCCAGACCAAGCAACGAACACCACCCCUGGGGACAAAAAACCCCAAUCAGGUGCUUCCCGUUCUAUCAAAUAUUUUACGCGAGUCUACCGGGAAAGCUACAGGAAUGAAAUACAGGAAUUUGGGAAAAUCAGGACUACGAGUUUCAUGCCUGGGACUGGGUACCUGGGUAACUUUUGGUUCCCAAAUUACAGAUGAGGUGGCAGAGAACCUCAUGAAUGUGGCAUAUGAACAUGGAGUGAAUCUGUUUGAUACUGCUGAAGUGUAUGCAGCUGGCAGAUAUGAAGAAGGAGAAAGGGGAAAGAGUAGUUUGGUAAAGACUACAAGACAUAAAAAUCAAGAUAAAACUGGGACAAAGCAAUUGCUUCGUACUCAUCAAAUAAAAACCUACCUGGGAUCGCUACGGGCAGAGAGGACUCUGGGCAAUAUCCUUAAAAAGAAAGAAUGGAGACGGUCCAGCUAUGUUGUAACAACAAAGAUCUACUGGGGUGGACAAGCAGAGACCGAGAGGGGAUUGUCUAGGAAACAUAUUAUUGAAGGUCUCAGAGGUUCCCUUGAACGCCUUCAGCUGGAAUAUGUAGACAUUGUCUUUGCAAAUCGAAUGGAUGCAAACAGUCCCAUGGAAGAAAUUGUUAGAGCCAUGACUUUUGUCAUCAACCAGGGAAUGGCAAUGUACUGGGGAACAUCUCGCUGGAGUGCAAUGGAAAUUAUGGAAGCAUAUUCUGUGGCUCGUCAAUUUAACCUGAUCCCUCCUGUGUGUGAACAGGCAGAGUAUCAUCUCUUUCAGCGAGAAAAAGUGGAGACUCAACUCCCAGAACUGUAUCAUAAAAUAGGUGUGGGUUCAAUGACAUGGUCUCCUCUGGCAUGUGGUCUGAUCACUGGAAAAUAUGCAGAAAGUGUUCCAGAAAAAUCAAGAGCAUCCUUCAAGGGUUACCAUUGGCUGAAAGAAAAGGCUUUAAGUGAUGAAGGCAAAAAGCAGUACUCUAAGGUGAAGGAAUUGCACCCCAUAGCAGAACGUUUAAAUUGCACCGUCACGCAACUCGCCAUUGCAUGGUGCCUGCGAAGCGAGGGGGUCAGCUCUGUACUUUUGGGUGUCUCCAAUUGUGACCAGCUGCUGGAGAACCUUGGUUCCAUUCAGGUUUUGGCUCAGUUGACACCUCAGGUUGUAGCGGAAAUCGAUCAGAUCCUUGGCAACAAACCCAACAUAAAGAAAGAUUCGCGAGCGUGAGGUUACCACGCUCAUAUUUUCGAACUUCAGCUAGUCUCCUGUCACAGGAGUUAUAGGACAUAUGAAAUCACGCUAGCCUGGUGCAUGGUUCCCCCCCUCUGGCAGUGCUGAGAGAGUGGGAGGAGAAAAAUUUAACCAGCAAUAAGGGAGAAAAUUGUCUGCCUGCUUAAUACUACAGGGUCAACACAUGCAUUAUUUCAUGUCACCCUAUGGAAGGGGCAGGUGCUUAGGGAUUUACUCAUGUCUUUCCUCUGUAUCACACUAUAGAGUAGGGGCAGAAAAAAUUAUUUACUAUUUAUAUUACCCUACGGGUAGAGGCACACUGCUCAGAUUAAAGGACAGGUUCUCUUUCACUCUGCACUACUCUAAGAGGAUAGAAGGAGGUCGAAAGGUCUUUUAUGUCUUCAACCCUUUAUUUGAAGGGAGAUGAGCUCAUUAAUAAUAUAGUUAUGUUUAUGUUUCCUUAUAGCGAGAUCCUUCUGUCUGUGUCACUGUGUCACCCUGCAAGGGGAGGGACAGACUCAUAGCUCCUUCUGUCUAUGUCACUGUGUCACCUUGCAGGGGGAGGGACGGACUCAUAGCUCCUUCUGUCUGUGUCACUGUGUCACCCUGCAGGGGGAGGGACAGACUCAUAGCUCCUUCUGUCUGUGUCACUGUGUCACCCUGCAGGGGGAGGGACAGACUCAUAGCUCCUUCUGUCUACGUCACUGUGUCACCCUGCAGGAGAAGUAGCUCCUUCUGUCUUUGUCACCGUGUCUCCUUGCAGGGGGAGGGACAGACUCAUGGCUCCUUCUGUCUGUAUUACUGUGUCUCCCUGCAGGGGGAAGGGACAGACUCAUAGCUCCUUCUGUCUGUGUCACUGUGUCACCCUGCACGGGGAGGGACAGACUCAUCACUCCUUCUGUCUGUGUCACAGUGUCACCCUGCAGGGGAAGGGACAGACUCAUAGUUCCUUCUGUCUGUGUCACUGUGUCACCCUGCAGAGGGAGGGACAGACUCAUACCUCCUUCUGUCUGUGUCACUGUAUUACCCUGCAGGGGGGGAGUACAGACUAGGUUAUUUUGCUGUUAAACUUAACAGUGUCCCAAAUUUUCUAUUUUAUUUUAUUUUUAACUUUGGUGGGUAUAAUUUAUGAAGGUGGCAUUAUCGUCCAUCAUGCAAUAAUAAAUAAAUACAGCUUGUGUCACCGCUACUUCUGCAUGUUUUAAAAAAAGAGAAAACAGAAAAAAAACAUGGAGUCUGCAAUAUUUGUAGGAUUAAAAUAUGCAAUGUGUGUCAGCCAACCCUGGGAAUGUUGGCUGUAUAGAAAUGACAAUGAUAUAAAGCAUAUUGCUAUUGGA